GAGCGCGUGUUUUUUUAAACGUCAAAUAAAUAUUUCUUAUUUGGCACAUGCGGAGUGGUCCACGCAGAAUUAAAACGCGUGUUGAGAAUGGAGGUACCAUCUUUACAGCAGUUGGAUGCUAUGCAAUACUGGCAGCUUCAAAAACUGGCUAAAACAGCGGGGUUCAAAGCUAACCUAAAGGCUGAUAAAUUGCUGAGAAGUUUAAAAGCACACUUUCAUCCACUGAAUAAGACUGAGAAUGUAAAAAUGGGUACUGAAGGCAGCCAUUCUGUUAUUGAAACUAAAGGAUUCAAUAGAAGCAAAUUAAAUGAAGAGAUAAGUUCUGCAAGUCCCACACUGUCCAACAAUAUUACAGUUGCUGUCAAAGAGAGUGAUACAGAACAAGUUAAGGAGGAAAACAGUGAUAAAAUGGACAUGAGAAACUUGGACAGAUCCAACUCUGAAAUCAAGCAAAAGAAACCAGUCAAGGUGGAUGAAACAAAUGAACAAACUCUUUUAGAAACUCCACAGAAGACUGACAAACACUGGACACAAAAUCGUAGAUGCAGUCCUGAUGUGACAGCUGACGGAAAGACCCCUAUAUACACUGCUCGUCUUACUAAAUCCAGUUCAAAACAAUCCACACCAAAUUUUAAAAAACUACAUGAAGCCCAUUUUAAGAGAAUGGAAUCCAUAGAUAAGUACAUGGAAAGGAAGCAGAAGCGCCUGGAAGCAGUUGGCACCUCAAUUCACAAAGUUAAGAUACAGAAAAAAAAGUCCCACCUUCUCGCAGUAAAGGAGAAGACACCGGUCUUGAAGGAAACCAUAAAAGGCAGGUUAUCUUUAUUGAGCCCUGCAAAGUGGACUACAACUCCUCAUGCACCUGUGGGAUGUUCUGCAGAGCUCCCCAAAAGCAGCAUGGCCAACACAUUCAAGUCAUCUGUCUCUUCUUCAAAAAUAAACAAUCGAUUUUCUGAGGCAACAACACCUAAUGAACAUAAGGGAUCACCAGUCAGAAAACUGUCUUCCACUGCUGAUAAUGUGUCUACAAGAAGCUUGCGAUCCAUUGGGAAUGCCAUCCCUCUUCCUGCUACAGUCAAAUUGGAGCCAGCAAUCACUGCUUUGAAGUUUAGUGCUGAAACCCCCAACAUAAGCAAAAAAGCAAAGUUUGAUCUUCAGGCAAGCCUUGCCCGGCCCCUUGCCUAUCAUCCCUACAAAGGCAAACUUAAACCUUGGAGAGAUUCUAAGGAAAAGCAGUCUACAAUAAACACAAAAGUAUCUCUUCUUAAAAAUACUUUCAAGCAACCCCAUCUUCACACCAGGGAAGACAGGCGCAGACAACAUGAGAAGAACAGAAAGAACAAGCGAGACCAGACAUUGGAAACCAGAAGAGGCGUUGAACUUCCAUAAAAAGGAUAUUCAUGAUAUAUUCCUGUAAAUACGUUCUCCAUAUUUGCU